AAUACAUCUCUAUCCACUUAACCACAACUACCCACUCACACUUUCCUCAACCCAACCGUAAAUCAUGGGUGUAACCACCACCACCGGUACCAUCUCCGGCACCGGCAAAACCCUCCCGUUUCUUACCCACCUAAUCUGGGGCCGAUGGUUCUCCCUCUUCGCCUCAUUCCUAGUCAUGGCCGGCGCCGGAGCCACCUACCUCUUCGGCGUCUACUCCAAAGAGAUCAAAUCCUCUUUAGGCUACGACCAAACCACCCUCAACCUCUUAGGUUUCUUCAAAGACCUCGGCGCCAACGUCGGUGUUCCAUCCGGCCUUGUCGCCGAGGUCACACCUACUUGGUUUGUCCUCCUACUUGGCUCGGGUUUAAACUUCUGCGGCUACUUUAUGAUCUGGUUAGCUGUAACAAACAGAAUAUCAAAACCUAAAGUGUGGCAGAUGUGUUUGUACAUCUGCAUUGGAGCAAACUCACAAAACUUUGCUAAUACUGGUGCUUUAGUCACUUCUGUUUCGAAUUUUCCUGAAAGUAGAGGGGUUGUACUUGGGUUGUUAAAGGGUUUUACUGGGUUAAGUGGUGCUAUCAUGACUCAGAUAUAUUUAGCUGUGUAUGGCAACGAUUCGAAAUCGUUGAUUUUGUUGAUCGCCUGGCUCCCAGCUGCUAUCUCCGUGGUGUUUGUGUACACCAUUCGGAAGAUUAGCCUGGUGAGACAGGCGAAUGAGCUUAGGAUGUUUUAUCAGUUUCUUUAUGUUUCGGUUUUUCUCGCGUUGUUUAUUAUGGCGAUGACUAUCGCGCAAAAUCUAGCGACAUUUUCCACAACUGCGUAUGCUGGGAGUGCGUCCGUGGUAAUCUUCUUACUCUUUGUCCCGCUGUUUAUAUCGAUUAAAGAAGAGUUAAACGUCUGGAGGCAAAACAAUCAGCAACCGGUUAGUAUACCCGAGGUUAAAAUCGACAACAUGAUUGAUCAACAUCAUGAACAUAUUGAACAAGAAUCUACAAAUGUAACAAAUCGAAAAUCGACGGAUGGAAGUCAUAAAACAUCUUGUUUUGCAAAUGUGUUCUUGAACAAACCUGAAAGAGGGGAAGAUUAUAGCAUCUUGCAAGCACUUUUAAGCACAGAUAUGUUGAUUUUGUUUGUUUCAACUUUUUGUGGGCUUGGAACAAGUUUGACUGCAGUAGACAAUAUGGGACAAAUUGGUGAGUCUCUAGGGUACCCUGCAAAAACCAUAAAAACAUUUGUUUCACUAGUGAGUAUCUGGAACUACUUCGGUCGGAUCUUCGCUGGUUUUGUGUCCGAAAUCCUGCUAGCGAAAUACAAGUUCCCAAGACCAUUAAUGUUCUCAUUGGUUCUGUUCCUCUCGUGUGUCGGUCUCCUCAUGAUCGCGUUCCCAAUACCCGGAUCAGUCUACGUAGCGUCCAUUAUUAUCGGUUUCUCAUUCGGGGCUCAACUUCCUUUGAUUUUCGCCAUCAUUUCCGAGCUUUUCGGGUUGAAAUACUACUCCACAUUGUUUAACUGUGGGCAGUUAGGGAGUCCGUUAGGGACGUAUAUCUUGAAUGUGAUGGUGACCGGGCCUUUAUAUGAUCGAGAAGCGAAGAAGGAGCUUGCGAGGAAAGGGUUAACCCGGGCUGCGGUAAAGGAGCUGGUUUGUAUGGGUAGCCAUUGUUAUAGGCUAUCAUUUAUCAUAUUGGCUUGUGUUUGUUGUUUUGGUGGGUUAGCUUCACUGAUUUUGGUGGUCAGGACUCGAGAAUUUUACAAUGGGGAUAUUUAUAAGAAGUUUAGAUAUGGGGUUCAGCCGAAAACACCGGCUGAACCGCACAAGUAGGUGUAAAAACACACGUUAUGAAAUGUUUCACUCUCUUCUUUGAUACAAUGUAAUGUUUAUAAAGUUGCAAAUGCUGAAAACUAAAAAUGAACUUAAUGUGUGAAUUUAGAA